GUUCGUUCUGCUAGCAGAGCAGCACACACCGUUGCAUUUCUUAUUUGUCGAUUGGUACGUGCGAUCGCCGGUCGGUGUUUUCCGUACGUGUUGGGUACAAUUUUAAUUAUUUUCCAAUACUACACCGCUAGCACAUCGGAUUGACGCCGUCAGAAUGGGUGAAGCUCAGGGUUUGACGGAUAAGGAAGCCAAAGAAUUGCUAAAACUUCCCGAUGCCGAUACGAAGGACUUUCUGUUCCAGCAAACCAUGUACCGUAUCAAGGACCCACGUGCCUCAAUUCCGUUCUACAAUGAAGUGCUGGGAAUGAAUUUGCUGUGCAAGAUGGACUUUCCUGAAGCUCAGUUCUCGCUGUAUUUCAUGGGAUACGAAGACAUCGCCCAUCAACCAAACGAUAAGAAGGAAUGCAUCCAAUGGGCCAUGAGUCGGAAAGCUACCCUGGAACUAACUCACAACUGGGGCACGGAAGCCGAUCCGGAUCAGAAGUAUCACAAUGGGAAUGCCGAGCCUCGCGGAUACGGUCACAUUGGGAUUAUGGUACCAGAUGUGGCAAAAGCAUGCGCUCGAUUUGAUCGCCUCGGUGUGGAGUACGUGAAACGUCCGGAGGAAGGUCGCAUGAAGGGACUGGCUUUUAUCAAAGACCCUGACGGCUAUUGGAUUGAGAUUUUCAACCCUGCAAAGGUAGCAGGCGUGUGAAACAGAUGUUUGAUAACAUCUAUUUUUUGGAAUAAGAAUGUUCGGCCAAAUUAUGAAAACAAUAUGGAACCAGUGAAGAAGGGUUAAAAAUCCUGUAUGUUUUGAAAAGAAUACUUCACAAAGAUUGCCUUAUUUAUAAUUAUACCUUGAAAAAAAGCAAAUAUUCUUUAUCGGAGGCGUUCGUGAGUUUAUUAUAUUUUUGAACACAACUAUAAAGAAACUUUGUGAAAAAAAAGAAUAUCAGAGAAGUUAUUUCAAAUGCUUCGAUUAUGCAAAAAGAUUGCUUUUUCAAUAUUUUUUAAAAUAUUUAAGUGAAAAUAUUCUUACCAUCAAUCAACCCAAUCGAUAAUUCAAAACUCUUCGGUUGGGGGGUGUGCGAGUAUGUAUAAAUGAAGGAUAUAACUUGUAUACAGGGUGACUUCAAAAUGGUCCCAUUGUUUUGAUCUGUCAUAAUUCAAUUAUAAACCACUGGGAACAAAUAAAAUUCAAGUGCGCACAUAAA